AUGGCAGGACACACUCUGCGCCACCCCACACUAGACUGCACCAUCCGCGGCAAGCCCUCAACAUCAACAGUGCAAUUUCGAAACCUUAAGUAUGCGACAAUACCUGGAAGAUGGCAAGAUUCGGUCAUAAACACCAAGCUACCCCACGAUGUAGAUGGCGUAUAUGACGCAACUCAGUUCGGUCCAUCCUGUCCCUUCAGCCGCGCGGCUCAGGCAUGGGACCUCACUCUUGUUGGAACAGAUGUGACCAUGCCAAUGGAAGAAGGAAUCCAAGAACCGAUGGACGAGUUUUCUUGUCUGCAUGUUAACGUCACUGUCCCCAAAGACCAUCUCGAGAGAGCGGCUCAAGGCGAACAACUACCAGUAUUCGUCUGGAUCCACGGCGGCGGCCUGAGCUUUGGCAGCAACAACUGGCCGCAGUACAACCUCACUCGUUUUGUAGAGCGCAGUAUUGAGAUUGGCAAACCGGUCAUCGGUGUGGCGAUUAAUUAUCGUGUUGGCAUCUUGGGUUUUCUUGCGAGCAGUGAGUUGGGUAUCGAUGGCAACUUUGGGUAUAAGGAUCAAGUCAUGGCGUUCAAGUGGAUCAAGAAACACAUUGCAGGCUUUGGCGGUGAUCCAAACCAGAUUACUGCUUCGGGAGAGUCCGCGGGUGGGAUUUCGCUGUCGACAUUGCUUUGCGUGGAUACUGGGCGUGAGGCACUGUUUGACAAAGUCGUGAUCAUGAGCGGGGACGCAACAUUGCGAAAAUCGAGAGUCAGAUCAUGGCAUGAUAUGAUGUAUCAGGACCAAUUGAAAUUCCUUGGCCUCCAGCAGGUAGGUGCGGAGCAAAGAAAGAAGCAGCUGAGAGAGAUGGAUGCUAUGGAGAUGGUGAACAAACUCCCGAUGGCGCAGUAUUACUGUGCAUGUGUGGAUGGUAAGUUCCUCAAAAAGAAUAUCUCGCUUGAUGUGAUGGCCGAUGGAGCGCAAGAGGAGCACAAGCCCGCUUGGUGUAAAGAGUUUGUGAUUGGCGACACUAGACACGACGGUACCGUCCUCCACAGUAGAGUCCUAGCCCUUCCCAACGCUUUCGACAAGUUAAAAGCCUCCUGCGCACAGCAUCUCACCACCUCCGAAACCACCGCCCUACUGUCUGCGUACAGCCUUCCCGCAUCGACCCCACAGCUGGAACUCCGGACCCUGAACGAACUAAUCUCCGACCUACGCUUCUACAUCCCUAUUCUCGCCGUUCAUUCAGGAUGGAGAUCUACACGCCCCAGCGAAUGCAGCUUCCGAUACCAUUUCCACGUGGCUAACCCAGUAAAAGGCGAGUUCACGGGCUUGGCCUCACAUGAAUUUGAUGUGGCCCUACUCCUGGGCAAUUACUCAAAACACUUGGAUAAAGCAACCAACAACGCAGCAUUGCACAUGACGGACCAGUGGAUCAAGUAUGUAAGCGGUGAACCAUGGAGUGAACCUGGAAAGGUAGUUGUCAUAGGAGCGGACGGAAUUGCCCAGGUGGAUGAACGUGAUUACGAUGUCAGCUUCAGAGGAGGUAACGGUAAAGUGCUCUUGUCGCUUGGCUUGGAAAAGUGCUGGAAAGUUGCGGAAGCAUGGCAAGGCGUGCGGGCCGAGGCGAAGGGAAGUGGCACACAUGAGAAGCUCUGA